UCCCUUAUAUAUCUCGCGAAGCGUCUUCAUCUCGCACUAGUGUCCACUGUCUACGCCAGUAGUUGACACGCAUCCGCAGCGCCUCGAUAGCAGUCGGCUUGGGCCACAGGCGCCACAGUGUCAUUGGUAUAUCGUCCUAAGCGCUUUUGAACCAUACAUAAGAGCAACUGCUGACCGAGCUUUCCGCCCAGCCCUCUGGUAUCCGGACGUCGCAGCUAAGGCGGGGGGACGUCAUGCUUCCUCAAGAGUUAUGCGACUACAUCGUUGACUUUUGCCACAGCGACGUCGACGCCCUACGCGCUUGUUCGCUUGCCUCGCGUGCAUUGCACCGCUCGAGCAAGUCCCAUAUCUUCCGCGCCAUUACGAUCAACAGCGUCGAUGCUCUCAAUCGCUUCUGCAAGCUCUUGUUCACCUCGCCGGACGUCGCUCCGUUCGUGCAAGAGUUGUUUUUCAACACAUACCGGCACUUCAUGAGACGAGAACCAUUCGUCUGGAUCCAUCACACCGUCGCGCUUCCCGUGCGCCUCAAGCGCCUCAAGACGAUUGGCUUCUCCUACGUCCGAUUCAGUGACCUCGCGGGUUACCCAGUCAUGCCCGCUUUUUAUGAAAAUCUGUCGCGCUACCGGGGUAUCCGGGAGCUCCGGAUCUGCUCGUGCGAUUUCGAGCACAUAGACGCCCUCGCGGACUUCAUUUCGACAUUUGCUCCUCGGAGGGAGCAAGGGCAAGCGUCGCCGUUCGCGCUCAGCCUUGACUGCGUGAGCUGGGGUGUGCCUGCGCGAGUGCUUCCUUCCCGCCUGGACCUCUGCCUCACUUCCUUUACCAUCGUUAAUUACUCGAGAGCCGACCUCGUCGUUUCUUGGCUGCGCCACACGCCAAGCCUCAAGAUACUGCGCGUUGUCACCUUCAAAUGUGUAAUGGGCCGGGAGCUUGAGGUUGUGGGCAAUUUUCUCCGUCAUCUUGGGGAUGUGCUCGAGUACCUGCAGCUCGGGAUAAGGCUCGAUAGUGUCCCACGGCGUGUCGAUGUCCGGACGUGCUUCAACUUGUCUCGCAACGUGUCGCUUCGCUCACUGCAUCUCCGGAUACUUGACUUGGAUCGACAUUUCAUGCCCUGGGUCCCUGCGCUGCUCCUCCAAGUCGCCCAUCUGCCACUGCAAAACCUGACGUUCGACAUCUGGUUGCACAUGCCUGCACAGCUUGACUCGCCGAUAUGGGACGACAUUGAGGCCAUCUUAUCCAGCAAUGGAUUCAAGACGGUCCAGAAUGUUUUGUUCAUCCACCAGGGCGCUUUGGGUUUCGCAGAAACAAGGGAGGCGUUGGAGAAGAGGUUCCCCGCACUCGUGCAGAGACGCAUGUUGACAGUGCGGGACUGUUCGCAGACACUUCGAAUGUGUAAUUGAACCCUGUGUUCAUUCAAGUUUGUCGUGUGUUCUAGUAGACGGCUCACUAUCAUGUUGCGUUU